AUGAGUGGCAGCAAGACUUAUGACUGGGGACGGAGAUUUGAGACGUGGCCGGUCACGACCCUUGUCGCGAACGAGUGGGAGGAUCUGAGAGCGCCUAGAGGCGUAUGCCUUGCUCAUGACGUCGAUGACUUCGUGUGUGAUUGGAACAAUGAAGAGACGCGCAAAGAAGGUCGUACUGCGUCGGUCAAGAUAGCGAUUUCAGAGUUAUCAAUGCUUUGA